AUGGCCUCUAUCCGUCCUCCGUUCAAUCUCAAAACCGCGACCGAAAAGGUCAAGUUCGCUCAGAACAUGUGGAACUCUACCAACCCUGUCCAAGUUUCCAAGGGGUACACAAGAGACUGCAUCUGGCGGAACCGCGCCUCCUUCAUCCAAGGCACCGAACAAAUCAUCGACCUCCUGACGAAGAAGUGGGAGCGUGAAGCCUCGUACCGCCUUCGCAAAGAGCUCUUCGCCUUCAUGGACGACAAGAUCGCUGUGCAGUUUUGGUAUGAAUUCCAAGACACGACGGACGGCAUGAAGUGGAAGAGAUGCUAUGGACUUGAAGAUUGGACAUUCGAUCGUGAGUCCGGAAAGAUGAGGAAGAGACACAUGAGCGGGAAUGAGAUCGUGUUGGGCAAGAAUGGCGAUGGGGUGGCGGUCCCAGAAGAGGGUGUCCAGGGCCGAUGGUUCGUUGAUGGUGUCGACGUUGACGAUGAUAGCGUUACGGAAAUGAUUACUGAGGCCCACUGGUAA